GAACAUUUCAUCUCAAACAGUAAACUAUCAUACAUUUGAAACCAUGUUUAGAAUAUCGUGUUUGAUUCUUAUUACUAUCAUAUUUUCCGUCCAUAGUAUGCAAAGACAAAUUGUGUAUUCCAGAUUGGACAAAGAAGUUACCAACUCAUCCCCAGCCGUGCCUUAUGGAGAAGUUGCUAGUCUUGUUUAUUGUGCAGAACUUUGUUCUGGGGACGACUACUGCAUGGAGUUCUUUUACAGCCCAUCAGGUAGACAGUGUAUUGGGCUCCAUUGUGUAAAAAAAGGAAACUACUCGUAUCAGUUUUUCGCCCCGGCUCAUCUCCCAAUGCUAUAUUUCGGAAAAGAGAUCAACUGGUUAGAAUAUUCUGGUAACUAUUAUUUCUAUGGCGAAGAAAGUGUUACAUGGGCAGACGCCAAGCUGGAAUGCCAGAAAAGGUGUGGACGUUUGGUAGAAAUUAAAACAAAAGAGGAGUCUGAUUGGCUUGCAGCAACAUUUCUAUUAAAAGACGAUUGUUUGUCCAAAAUUUAUCAAACGUGUACGGCAUGGACAGGAGGUAACGACCUUGACAUUGAAGGUCACUACGUGUGGGAUCAUUCGAACACGUCCAUGGUCUUUACCAACUGGCACACCAAUGAACCUAGCUUAUAUGAUCCGUCUCAGGCCCCUGAUCGUGACUGUAUCGACAUGUUCAGAAAUGGUGAAUGGAAUGACAGACCUUGUUCUUAUGGCAACCAAUUUAUUUGUGAGAAAAUAAUCUAA